CUGCGGUGGUAACAUAUGCUUGCAGCUCCCUUUUGCCGCCUUGAAGUUUGAACUUAUGAUUGUUCAGAUAUAUGUGCCCUGUUCUUAAUGCCACUUCAGAGGUCCAUCAGUCUGCAGAACUGCUUAUUUCCAACGUAAUACAUUGUUAACAUGACACCCAAUAAAGAAGGCAUGUCCUCUCUCAUCGAAAAGACCAUGAGGAUGAGAAGGGAGGAACAAGAACGGCAAGUUGUCCUUGCCUGGGCAGUUCUGAACGUUUCUCUUGCUGGGAUGAUUUACACAGAAAUGUCAGGAAAGCUGCUCAGUAGAUAUUACAACAUAACUUACUGGCCAAUCUGGUACAUUGAACUGGCACUGGCCUCUUUGUUCAGCCUAAAUGCAGUCUUUGAUUUUUGGAAGUACUUCAAGUACACCAUGGCCCCUUCAACCAUUGCUAUUACCCCAGAACAACAUCGUCUUCUUGGCCUCCGGAACUCUGGAAUUCAAGCCUCGCCACCCCAGAAACCUGAAAAGAAGGAGACUCCAGUGCCUUCCCAGUCCUCUCCCUUGCAGGGUCAGAAUGUGCUUAGCUUCAGCCCUGCACGGCCCCCUAGCACCACCCCCAAGUUCUCCCCCAGCUGUGUGUCUGGCUUCAGCCCACCUCUGAGCACACCAUCCUCACCAGGCAGUGGGGCAGCCUUUUCCCCACCUGUGGCCUUUGGAAAGGUGUUGAACUGCAGUUCCGUACCCUAUCCCAGCAGUCUGGGUCCGGCGGAGGGCACCAGCCUGAGAACACGCUACCGCACCUCCCCUUCAGUCUUCAGUUCUCCAGGCGUCAAGGAAGACUACAUGGAUGACCUCAAGACCCUGGAGAAGUUCCUUCGCUCCGAGGAGGAGAAGAGCCACCGUAGUCAACUAGGGAGCCCUGAGUCGGCAUCUCCGUCACACAGUCCAACGUUCUGGAACUAUAACCGUUCUGUGGGGGACUAUGCUCAGAGUCUGCGCAAGUUCCAGUACCAGCCGGCCUGUCGCUCCCAGGCUCCCUCUGCCCACAAAGAUGAAACUGAGCUGGGCUCCAAACAAGCUGCUGAGGAGGUCUGGGCACGUGUUACAACUAGUCGUGUGGUCACUGACAAUAUUGACAGCUGGACUGCCAAACUAAGAAAUUGGAUAAAUGACACCAUUCUUGUGCAUCUGGUAAAAGAGAUGGAUUCCAUCAAUAGCCAACUCAGGAGAACGGGCAGCUCAGAGCUCCAGAUAGGAGAGGCCAGCAUCAGCAGCCUUAAACAGGCUGCCGUAGUCAAAGCAUCUGUCAUCCCCACCCUCAGUGCUAUAGUGCAGUACCUAGACAUCACACCUAACCAAGAGUAUCUGGUGGAGAGGAUUAAGGAGCUGGCCCACAGCGGAUGCAUGAGCUCUUUUCGCUGGAAUGGGGGAGGGAACCUGAAGAACAGAAAGUGGGACACAGACCUGCCAACUGACUCGGCUAUUCUGAUGCAUAUUCUGUGUACUUACCUGGACUCCAGGCUUCCUCCCCACCCAAAGUACCCAGAUGGGAAAACAUUCACAUCUCAGCAUUUUAUCCAGACACCACACAAGCCAGAUCUUUCCAAUGAGAACCUCUUUUGCAUCCACCAAAGCAGUACCAACCCCCCUCACUAUCAACUUGUCUAUCAGGGCCAUAUCUACAGCCUGCCUAAGGGCAGAAACAACCUGUUCCACACAGUCCUUAUGUUCCUUUUCAUCAUUAAAACCAAGGAGUCUGGCAUGCUAGGGAGAGUCAAUCUGGGGCUAUCGGGAGUGAACGUUCUUUGGAUAUUUGGUGAUUAACGUUGUAACCGUAUUUUAAUUACAUAAAUGUAACACAUUCUGAAAUGCUUGCUCAAAUACCAAAAUGUGGCAAAGUCUGUGAUUUGGUGACUUUUUUUAUUUUUACUGGUAGAAUUUACAGUGAUGUUACACGCUUCAGAAGGUUCAGAGAAUUGUGCACAGGUCCUAGGCUAUAGUUAAGAUCCAGAAACAUUUUCUGUAGCCUAGCAUGAGGCACUGAAUUAUUUUAAGUGCUAUAAGAAUCCAUUUUAAACAGAAAAAUGUUAACAGCUUUAUACUUAGAAUGAGUCAGAAGAGCAGAAAAUUGCUUUGUACAUAAUAUGCAGUUGAUUUUUUUUUUUUCUUUUGUAAUAAAUGUUAAACUGUUUUUUAGAGUGUUGGCUAGUUGUGUGCUGUAGGUACCAAGCCAUGAAGAAGCAUUUUCCCCAAUGUUCAAAUGUUUGUUUUUGUUUUCCUUAUUUUGUGAAUGUUAUCGUCAUAUAUCAAUUGUAAAGCAUUUAUUUAUUUUGAAAGUUCUGCAAACCUGACUACUCCUGCUUGUUGCUGGGUACAUCCUCUACCGUUAAGUUCUUUAUGUAUUUAGUAAUAUGACUAAUAUCCUUGAGCUGAGAAUUUUCAGCCUCAGAGAUGAGACCAUUAAGUAGCUGAGAACUAAAUAGCUGAAAAUUUCCCUUAAAUUUUAAUUGGUUGUCAGGGUUACCACAUUCAUGCUGAAGAGUCUUAUGUACAUAUCCAGAUUGUAACUCAAGCAAAUUAUACUUUUUUUUUUUUUUUUUUUUGGUGUCUGUUAAAGUGGGUCUGUACCAGGACUGGACUUCUAUAUUAGUCAUGACAGUUUCUUUGUUUGUCAAGGCUCUUUUAGCUGCCUGAUCAUGAUUUGGUAAGCUGCUACAUGCUGUCCACUUCAGCAAUGGACUUGUGUCAACACUCACAGGGCUUCUGGGAUAUCAUCUGCCAAAUUGCUUAUUUGUUGUAUUAUAUUAAGUUCUUUUCUGGAGAAGAAUUUAAUAUAACAAGUAGAUUUAAUAUAACAAGUAGAUGCAAUAAAUGAAACAAACCUGUUCAGACAUUA